GUCCGGCGGGGUGUUGUUAUCUAUCAGAAAGGCCAUGUGCGUCCGUCGCGACACGUGUACACCUCACUUGCACGAGAGAGAGAGAAGCGAUCUAUCAUUCCCACCCACACGACUCUCACGCACACAUGGGCCUGGCCCAGCCAAUCAAAGUCUGGUCUACACGACGCACAGAACGAUGCACACCGUUCAUUCAUUCACGGCCUAGCGAUGAUAUCCGUCUCUCUAUCGCCAGCUGCAGCUACUCACUGUCAGCAUCAGACCUACGACACUCAGCACACCCCUUGUCCCCCGCCCAUACCCUCUCCCACUGUCGCAGCACGGCAGACUCUUUACCACGCCGUCACCCCGACACGUCUUAGGGAUAAGCCCCUCCUUCAGCGCAGCAGGGGCACGCCAGCCGCCCGUCUGCCAGCCUCUCACACCAGCAGCAUCCCUCCUCACCCCCCACGCACACUUGUCGCUCCCCACACCAUCGCUGUUCUGCGCCCCGUUGAGCGUUGCCCGUGAAGGCAGCGGUGCCACUCCAUGGCUGCUCGGAGAGUCGUCUUGUCCAUGGCUGUCGCCUUCAUCGUCUCCGUCAUAGCGCUGGUCGUCGUGCUGGUGGGCCACCAUGAGGCCCUCAACGUCCCUCGCAGCGAGUGGAGGAUACUCGAGUGGCCACCGGUUGUACCCAAUCAAACCGACCAUCAACAGAACAAACCCCAGCAGGUAGAGAAGAGAGAAGCGAUCGCCGAAGAGGGCGAAAGACGCCAGCACCACAAACACGUCGCUGCUGAGCAGGGAGAGGUUGAAGAAUGCGGCGCCGCCCUUGGUUAAUACAAGAGGGGUGCACAAGUACAUGGCAGCCACCGAGCCCACAGCGCCGAUGAAGUAGGCCAGCGACGGGGCACUGAACGGCGCCCGCAGCUCGUGACGAGCGAAGAUGAGCAGCUCGCCUGACGCCAGCAGGGCGGCGAUGGACGCGAUCCGUCUAAGCAGGCGGCACUGUGGCACGCCGCGCCUCAACAGAUACUCCGAGCCGACAUUGCUGCACGAGUAGAAGAGCGACGCCAGCAGGCACAGGAGGUCUCCCAGCGUGCGGCUCCACCAGCCGCCGUCGCCCGACGGCAGAAUGCCGGGAUGAGGGCGGUGCGGCCCGAGUAGCACGGACGCACCUGGAGAGGCAGGCGUCCUACUGCUCCUCUCCUGGUCACUCGCUGAAUUGGCGGCGUCCGAGUAGACGAUGAGCGCAAAGCCGAGCAGACAAACAGCGACAAAGAGGUAGUGCUGCCACCUGUAUUUGACGCUAAGGACGGCCCGCGAGAUGAGCACCACAAGCGGGAUCGUGAAGCAAUCCAGUAGAAUGACACUGGCGGCCGACGUGAGCGAUAGCGCCACCACAGACAGGAGAUUGCCGUGCACGUCGCAAAAUGCCACGAAGGCAAAGUAGGUCCACGGGAUGGCGUGGAGGCUGCGCUCGUCACGCGAGGCGCCGCCUUCAUCGAGCCGCACGUCGCAGCAGCCGAGAAGGGACGCGGCGGCUGCAACCAGUAAAUAGAUGCACCCAUACUGAAACAACGGGAGCGGCCCGACAUCAGUCAGCUGGUAGAGCUUGGUAAAGACCGUGGAUGUGGCAACGAAGAUGCUGACAAGCUGCCCCAAGGCCACGACGCCGACUGUAGGAAGGCGCGUCAUUGGUCAUCAACCAACCGGCACACGGAAACAGUUUCUGCAGCGCACAGGUACAGCCACGUGAAUGCAAUAGGGAAUGAGUGAGAAUGCCAUGUGUUUGUCUGCAUACGACUGCAUACCUGUCGCUUCAAUUCAAUCGCUCAGGUUCGCUCCGUAUCGUGAUGUGUGUGGAAGGACACCAUUCAGAAGCCACAGAUCACGAUCACAUUCAACUUGGGG